AUGUGGAGUAUGAUUCCUGAAUUCCAACAAAGAGUUCAGCAAGAGUGGAAGAAGGAAAUACAAGGCACAAGGAUGUAUCAACUAGUAGGGAAGCUCAACAGAACAAAGGGGGUGUUGCUGAAACUAAAUAAAGAAAGAUUCUCAGAUGUAGAAAAGAGAGAAGAAGAAGCAAUGGAGCAACUGACAGAAUGUCAAAGGAAGAUCCAAAAGGACCCCAGGAAUAGAGACCUAAUUGAUGGAGAAAUUCAAUUAAUGAAAGAAAGUGCUAGAUGGAAGACAUCUAGAGAACAGUUCCUGAGGCAGAGAAGAUAUUCACUAUCAAGGAUGCUGAAGGGAAUGAGGAAAAAGGGAUUGAAAGCAAAGGCAUUCACAGACUUUUAUACAAAGCUACUAGGUGAAAAGAAAGGUAAUAGAAAGCAUGUAUGCAGCAGCUUAGUAAAGAAAGGGCCAGUAGUACAGAAGGAGCAAAGAGCACUCCUUAAAGCAGCAAUCACAGAUAAGGAGAUCAAAGAAGCACUCUGGGAAAUAGGAGGUGAUAAAGCACCAGGACCAGAUGGAUAUGUGGCUCAAUUCUUUAAAGAUUGCUGGCAGUGUAGGAGAUUAUACAUCAAUUGCAUGCUGCAACACAAUCUACAAGAUCAUCUCAAAGGUGUUGUGCAACAAACUCAAAGGAGUGCUUCCAACUAUAAUAUCAGAGAAUCAGAGUGCCUUUGUGGAGGGCAGAAAUAUAGAAGAACAAAAAGCUGCCUAAUAAAGAUUGAUCUCAAAAAAGCUUAUGAUACUGUGGAGUGGGGGUUUGUGGAAGAGAUGCUCUAUGCUUUAAACUUCCCUACAAAAUUCAUUAAGUGGACAAAGGAAUGCAUGACAACCACUCAGUAUUCAAUUGCUAUAAAUGGUGAGGUACAUGGAUGUAUAGAGGGGAAAAGGGACCUAAGACAAGGUGACCCAAUAUCACCACUCCUCUUUGUGAUCUGCAUGGAGUAUUUUACUAGAAUUAUGCAAUGGGUAGCAACACAUGAGGGAUUUGCCUUCCACACAAAGUGUAAAAGCCUAAAGCUGAAUCACCUAUGCUUUGCAGAUGAUGUUCUGAUGUUCUGCAAAGGGGAUUACCACAGCAUCAUGUUAUUGUUGAGGGGAUUGCAAACAUUCACUAAUGCUUCUGGUCUGAGUACAAAUGCAGGGAAAUCAAACAUAUAUAGUGCAAACAUGGACAAACAAUGCCUGGAGAACAUAUGUGAAAUAACAGGAUACAAGGAAGGGGUUAUGCCAUUCAGAUACCUAGGAGUUCCUAUAGCUGCAAGGAAAUUAAUUGUUGGUGGAGAGACUAAGCACAAGAAUUCACUCAUGGGGAUCAAGGUGUCUGUCAUAUGCAGGAAGAGUGCAAUUAAUAAAUUCUGUGCUGAUUAA